UUUGUCUAUAAAACCGCUCUAUAGAUACAGAAAUAGGAGAGGGAUUACAUGCAUUAGGUCAGACAGAUUUCUAAGAAAAUGAGCAAACAAGACUCAUUAGCAUCUUGUUUGGCUAAAAUGUAUGAAAGCAAAUUUGACCAUGUGACAGAGUCGGGGAAACCCAAAGGCAAGACUACUGGAGGAUCUACCAACUUGGACAAGAAGUUGAAUCUGCUUAAUGAAAAAGUAGACAAGCUUUUGCAUUUUCAAGAAGAUGUUUUAGGGAAGUUGGAAACAGUGAAUCAUGGUAUGGACAUGCUGGAGAGAGAAAUUGACAAAUUUGCAUCAUUUCAUGACACAUAUCAUGGAAGUUUUUUGGAGAAAGAUUUUUCCCAGCAAGCCCAUGGACAUGGUAAUGGAUCAGAAAUAAUCAGGCUGUUGAAGACAGUCCAUGAUGAUUCGUUGAUUCAUCAAAAAAAAUUAGACAGCCUUGAAAAAAUGGUGUCUACCAUAGAUAAGGUGGUAGCAUUUAUGGGAAGUACCUUUAAACAUUCAAAAGUUGUGGAGUUCAUUUUGAAGGGUGUAGUACCUUGGAGAAAGGAGACAACAGUUGAGCUCUGUAUCAAGCCCCUCCUCUGGGUGAAUUACCGCUCUGAAUCGUUGGCUAUUCUGACUGACUCCUCAUCCUCUGCUCUAACAACUUGCAAUUUCCGGCUUCAUUGCGGUGACGUCACACGCCGACUUGUCCUCACGGCUGCAGCUGCUACUGCCACGCUCUCCCUACUCAAACUUAUUUUCGUGCAGGCUAAAGAUAAAUCUGAAGAGAAAGAAAUAAUAAAAGCAAAGCAUGCUGUCAGCAACCGAGGGGCUCAGUCCGAGGUUCAGAGGCCGUCAUUGGCUGAUACAAUAAAUGUCACUGCCCUGGAAGAACAUAAAGAGGCAUUCCAGAACACACAAUGUGGCAGUAACUCCAGCAAUCUAUUGUGUCCUAAAGUGCUGACCCAAGAUAGACUGGCUCCUGUGCAAACAUGCAAAUCUUUUGAUAAAGCACAAGGCCCUAAACAAUGUGUGCAAAAGACUUCAGAAGAGGAAUCUCGAGGUGCACAUUCUGUUGCAGAUGUUCCUUGCAAUCAGACUAUGUCAAAAUCAGGGUCAGAACAGAAGGAAGGACAGAAAUCUGGAAUCACAAGUGGGUCACUUUCAUCUGCAAGCAAAUGUCCACCAGAACCAGUUGUUACUGUAACAGCUCCAAGUGUGCACAUGGUGGCAGAAGUCAACCAUGGCAGUAAUACUGAAGAAUUAACAGUCACACGGAAUGGACAAUCUCAAGAUAUGGCUAAACAUAAAGGAUCCUCUCACAAUGUCAGAAGUGAGGCAAUAAAAAUGGAAAAAGAUCAGUCUCCCUGCCAAAAAAACACAAAAUGUCUUAAAAGCCAGGAAAGCUCUGAGAUGACAUCUCUAGCACCAAAGAAGACAAGUUGCACUGAGACAAAAGAAAAGUUAGAGGGAGUGAAAAAAACAGAUAAAGAAGGACAGAGUGUAAUGUAUGCUGUAAAAGAAGGUGAUCUUGUGAAAAAGGAAUUGUGUCCCCACCAAACUCAAGAAGAGACUAAAACAUCCACAUUACCAGUCAGCACUGAGUUGGGGGCAUCUUCUGAAGAUAUCAUUGAUGAUGGGCCUCCCCCACCUGCACCUUUCAGUCAUCGGAUAGUGAGCAUCAAGCAAGCCAUCUUGUCAUCUUCUUACACUGUGUGUCAAAAUGAGGUACUAGGAGGGGGCCGCUUUGGUCAAGUUCACAAAUGCAUUGAAGUAUCCACUGGGCUCCGGCUUGCAGCCAAAAUAAUUAAAGUGAAGGGGGCAAAGGACAGGGAUGAAGUAAAAAACGAAAUCAAUGUUAUGAACCAUUUAAAUCAUGUGAAUUUAAUACAGCUCUAUGAUGCAUUUGAAUGCAAGAAUGACCUGACAUUAAUUAUGGAAUACCUUGACGGUGGUGAAUUGUUUGAUCGUAUUACGGAUGAAAACUACAACCUGACUGAGCUGGAUGCAAUAAUGUUCACCAAACAAAUAUGUGAAGGAAUUUACUACCUACAUCAACAGUACAUACUCCAUCUGGAUCUUAAGCCAGAAAACAUUCUAUGUGUCAGUCAGACCGGAAACCAAAUCAAAAUCAUUGACUUUGGAUUAGCGAGGAGGUACAAGCCACGGGAGAAGCUCAAGGUAAAUUUUGGAACUCCAGAGUUCCUGGCUCCUGAAGUUGUGAAUUAUGACUUUGUGUCCUUCCCAACAGACAUGUGGAGUAUAGGAGUCAUUACGUAUAUGCUAGUCAGUGGUCUGUCCCCUUUCCUUGGUGAAAGUGAUGCUGAAACAAUGAACUACAUAGUGAACUGCAACUGGGACUUUGAUUCAGAGACAUUUGAGGAGGUGUCGGAGGAAGCUAAAGAUUUUGUUUCCAAGCUCCUGGUCAAAGAAAAGAGUGGCAGGUUGAGUGCUGGGCAAUGUCUAAAGCACGAAUGGUUGGUUAACCUGCCCUUAAAAGCCAAGAAAUAUAAAGUCCGCCUGAAAUCCCAGAUUCUUCUCCAGAGGUACCUGAUGCAGAAGAAGUGGAAGAAACAUUUUCAUGUGGUUGCUGCAGCCAAUCGUCUUCGGAAGUUCCAGCUUCUUUCUCUCAAACCUUCAUAAAAAGCAAGACAGGAUUAACUCAAUGCCUAAAUGCAACCCAACCCUGAACUCAGACACAGCCUGAAUGGGCAUCCAAGGUUUUAUACAGGACUGUGUGGGUCUGCAAAGUGCCAUUACUUAAAGCUGGAUUUCCAUUGUUUAUAAGAAAAUGUGUAGUUACUUUGUAUAUAGGGCAUUGCUUGCCAUAGGCCAUAUCCUAUGAUUGGGUUAUCGGAUAAGGCUUUAUUGCACCUGUUUGUAGAUUUCCGUUUGCCUACAUGAUUGAAAACAGGAGAACCUAUAUAAACUACAGCUAAUAUUUCCACCACAGCCACUUAACUAAUGAAGAAGCUAAUUGCUGAAUAGCAUAUCUGUACUGUACGCCACACACAAGCAGUUUAAAAGGACUCUGUCAUCAUAUAAAAACUUUAUUUUUUAGGAGUCUUAAAACUACAACUGUAUUUAUUUAAUAAAAAGGUUACAUUUAAUUUUUUAAGGUUUAUUUAAAUGAUUUUUAUUUUGUUUUGUUCUUUAACAUUAUUGACUUUUGUCUACAGAGCCAAAGGUCGAAAACAAGCCAUAUGAACUUUAAAAAUAGUGAAGGCUAUCUCACAAAAGGGGACACGUCAGUAUAGGCGUAAAAUUUAAUUUAUUUAUAAAGAGCAUAUUCAAAUUUUUUCUUUCAAUAUCUUACACUGAAAAUAUUUUUAGAGGCAAGGUUUUUAAAUGAUGUCAGAAUCCCUUUAAAAACCUUCUGUAUAUUUGCACAAAUAGCACACUAGUAUUUUUAUUUAAUGGCUGAAGUGGUUUAGCCGCUGUGAAUAUAAAAAAUGUUUUGUUUUAUGGAAAAUUAUGAUAUAAGUUUUUUUUAAGAAGGAAAGUAUCUAAUAUAUAAAAUUUAAAAAAACGUUUGAGGCUUUGGAAUGUAAAUUUAAAGUCAUUUUGGGGAAAUUUUGAUAGGGCUCAUUGUUAACCCAGUCUGAUCACUUAUGCACUUUUGUGUUAGCAAGGUUAACACGCUACAAGAAUACAUGUAGUAAAACACUCAGCUGUAUAACAUUUAUAUCCUGCUAUUUUUUUUUAUUGUUGUUAUUUUCAAUUUUGAAAUAAAUCUAUUUUUAAGUUAACCCACAAAAACAAUAGAGAAUAAGACAAGACAGAAUAUAAAUUUGGAAAUGUUUAAAAUGAAAGCCCCUCCUAGGACUACAGACAGAACGGGCACAAGGAUUUUAUGCAAACCUUGGUGAAAUUUUAAAUUUGUGCCCUAGUUAUUUUCUGUACCACACACACACACAUAUAUAUAUACACAUCAUCAUCCAUAUUGCAUCACCUGUAGAGACACUGCACAAAUGAGGUUAAAAAAUGAAAGUUAGACUCCUUUUAAAAUGAUGAAUAAUACAUAAUGCAAUUGCAAUUUCUAUUGAGUAUAACCCACUGUUUAGUAUUCUUUUUUAAUUACAACAAUGAAACAUACUGUUUAAUAUCCCUUUAAAUAUUUUGACAUGAUGGAGUUAUCUAAAUUUUAGAAACCUUAUCCUUGUAACCAUCAAUCUACAAUCAGCUUUGCACUGGUAUCUCACCAGCAAAAAAAAAAAUCACUAUAUAAAAAGGAAGCUGAACAUUUUAUAUAAAACAGUGGGAGUAUACAUGCAUAAUACAAUUGUACUGUUAAAUGUAAUAUAGAAAGCCUGAUAGUUCUAAGCCUUGUUAAAAUAUAUUGAUGGCUUAAUCUUUGCAGAGCUUUAACAACAUCUAAAUGCACUGUCACAAAAGCAUUAUAUCUCAUAGAAAUAGCAAACUAAAUAUUAUUGGAACUACUUGGAAGUUCUUUAUCUCAUGGCUUGACAAAUACGAUCUCCCAUUUUCUUUAUUAAACAAAGUGUCUCAUUCAUCCUGCUACAUGUAACAUUUGUAAUUUAGAGGUGUGAAUUAGUGUGAGUUUUAUGUAACUGUGGUAAACAAAUAAUUGAAAUGUAUUUUUGUACUGAAACUAAAGGUUGUAAACAAAGUUUUUAAAACGCCUUUUAUGCUUAGAUUCACAAAUGGUUAAAGAAAGGAAGACAUUAGAAAAAAAGGAUUUUGAAAAUACUAAAAUAUUGCUUUAUUAUGAGUCUUUGUUAUACUUUAGAAUAUUAUAAUAGAGUUCACAAACUAUUUUCCACUACCUCUAGCAUUUCACAUAUAUCAAAUUGUUAAUGUGUUCGACAUUCUUUCUGUGAGAAAUAUGCCUUAUUUUUUAAAACGACUUUAUUAAAGGAUAUGUAUUGUCUACACUGCCA